UGUAACAUAACAUGUUCAUUUGUGACACACCUUGUUACGUGUGCCAGGGCACACCUAAAUAUUUGCGUGAGUGCUGUGCCAUUACUUACCACCCAAAUCAUCGUGGGUGCUCUCAACAGUCAACACUACUGUGAGCUCUGAAAAAAGUUCACACCGCUUUCAUAUCUGUAAUGUCACCAUCUUCAAUCUUCAUCUCUGCCUAAAAACAAAAGGACAAAAGCAAAAGGGCCCGCAAAAUAGCUUCAACCAUCACACCAAGAACCCGGAAAAUGUCACUUCCGACCAGCGAAGCCGAGCCCAUGACCCGGCCGGCCGGCGCCACCGAGCACAGCUGGUGCCGGGCCGUCCCCGGCGGCACCGGCAUCACCGCCGUCGCCCUCCUCCUCUCCAAACCCCCCAACUCCCAAAUUUACCAAAACGCCCUCCGCAAGCUCCAGAUUUCCCACCCAAUCCUCAACUCCAAGCUCCACUUCGAUCCGCCCUCCAGCUCCUUCUCCUACCGCGCGCCGCCGUCGCCACACCUCGAAAUCCUUCAAUUCGAUCCGCAAUCGACGGCGGAGAUCCUCCGCUCCGGCUUCACCGAGGAGGAGCGCGGCUCAAUCCCCCCGCUGCACCUCAUUCUCGAGCACGAGCUCAACACCAACCCGUGGCAAAACCAAAAUCAAAACCAGAAUCCCGACCCUAAAUCCGACGUCGAUGUUUUCUUCGCCAGCCUGUACGAUUUGGGGGAGGAGGGGAAGUGGGUUUUGGCUCUCAGGCUCCACACGUCGGUGUGCGACCGGACUUCAGCGGCGGCACUGCUAGAGGACCUGCUGGGAACGAUGGUGGGAGGGGCAGAAUUGGAAAUGGAGAAAGUGCCGGAGCUUGGUUUGGCGAUUGAGGAUUGUAUCCCGAGCGGGCUGGGGAACAAGCCCUUUUGGGCCCGAGGGGUGGAUAUGUUGGGCUAUUCGUUGAACUCAUUCAGGCUGGCGAACUUGGAGUUUAAGGAUACUGUCUCGCCGAGGAUGUCCCGUGUCGCUAGGCUGCAGAUGGAUGAAGGAGAAACUGGCCGUGUUCUAUCUAGUUGUGAGAGUAAAGGGAUAAAACUAUGUGCUCUAUUAGCGGCAGCAGGAUUAAUCGUGUCACGUUCUUCGAAAGGGAUUCCCGAAGAUCAAUGGGAAAAGUAUGCAGUCGUGACACUCAUGGACUGCCGAUCGAUACUUGAUCCUGUGCUUAGUAGCCAUCAUAUUGGCUUUUACCACUCUGCAAUCCUCAACACCCAUGACGUCAAGGGGGAAGACAAAUUGUGGGACCUCGCGAAACGAGUCCACUCAUCCUUCACAAGCGCCAAGGACAAGAAUAAGCACUUUUCAGACAUGGCGGACCUCAACUUCUUGAUGUGCAAGGCAAUCGAGAAUCCCGGUUUGACACCUUCGGCAUCUCUCAGGACUUCACUGAUAUCCGUUUUCGAGGACCCUAUGAUCGACAAUCACUCGGAAAAGCUUCGUGAUGCCAUCGGGCUUGAGGAUUUUAUUGGGUGUGCCUCGACCCAUGGUGUGGGCCCGUCCAUCGCAAUAUUCGACACGAUAAGGAACGGGAGUUUGGACUGUGCGUGCGUGUAUCCGUACCCGCUGCAUUCGAGGGAGCAGAUGAGUGAGGUCAUUGUAAAGCUCAAUGCCAACCGUUUGGUAAUUGGGACCCUCCGUGGAUUUGAUCAGUUCAUGAACCUGGUGAUUGACAACACUGUGGAAGUCAAUGGGAAUGAGAAAACCGACAUAGGCAUGGUGGUCAUCAGGGGUAACAGUGUGGUCACUGUUGAAGCACUCGAGCCAGUUGCUAGAGCUCAAUGA